CGGAACAAGCCUGACCCGAUGCAGCACACACUCAGGGACAGAAACCUACUCUGGUGCUCAGCAAAGGUCUUGUUAGCGGAGCUAAAUUUAACCAGUCAUCUGCAUUGCUGUCAUGGCUGAGAGGGCCAGUCAGGCUGAUCAUGAAGGGGAAGAGGAACUGGGACAAGACAAAGAUACAAACUCUCCUGAUGAUCAACACAGAGACACUGUCACUGUUGAGGAAUCCCCAGAUGUAGAUUCUAUCGAGGACCGGCAGCGUCCGACCCAACCUGAAGAAGACUCAGAGUGUCCAGGUUGCCAGUCGCUGGGCAUACUGACCCUGCCAUGUGGCCACAAACUGUGCCCAACAUGUAUCGAGCUGAGCCAGAGCGAGCUGGGCCAGGCCGGCUGCACCAUCUGCUACGGAUCGCAGCUGAUGGACUCGGUCCUGCAGACACUGCUGGAGGCCCUGUUCCACGACCAGCCCAGAAGACCUGGGGUCCUGCCCGGAGCUGUAGAGGAGAGAGUCAGGGCGGCAGAGGAUGGAGGGAAAGCUGUGGGCAGACACAGAGGAGUGGAGAAAAACGAGCUGUGUGUGGAGCAUGGAGAAAUGCUCACGGUGUUCUGUCUAGAAGAGGGGGAGCCACUCUGCCAACAGUGUCAGCAAGACGAGCAUGACGAGCACCAGUGCUGCUCCAUUCAGGAGGCUGUCCUUGACUGUAAGAGAGAGCUGCGAUCAGGCAUCAGAAGUCUCCAGGAGCAGAUAGAGAGUUUAACCUCCAUCAGACAAACGUACGAGGAUACUUCAGCUCACAUCAAGAGCCAGUCAGUUCAAACAGCCCAGGUCCUGAGGGAGGAGUUUGAGAAGAUGCAACAGUACCUCCGUGAUGAGGAGGCUGCUCUGAUGUCAGAGCUGAAACAAGAAGAGGAGGAGAAGAGUCAGAGGAUGAAAGAAAAGAUUGACAGGAUCAACAAUGACAUACAAGUGCUGACCAGCAGUAUCAGAGAGACAGAGGAGGCCAUGGGCUUGGAUGACUUUGUCUUCUUAAAGAGCUACAAGAAGGCCUCUGAAAGGGCCCAGUGCAGAGUAAAGGAACCUGACGAAGAAUCAGGAACUCUAAUUGAUGUGGCCAAUCACCAGAGCUGUGUGCAGCACCAAGUCUGGGACAAGAUGCUAAGGAUCAUCCAGUACUUUCCGGUGACCAUGGACCCGAACACAGGCUCGGUGUGUUUAGGUGUGUCUCCUGACCUGUCCAGUGUGUUUGUGUGUGAGGAGCAGCCUCUUCCUGACAACCCAGAGAGGUUUGUGAGUCCACCGAGCAUCUUGGGUUCAGAAGACUUCAGCUCUGGGAGGCACGCCUGGGAGGUGGAGGUGGGAGAUAACAGUCACUGGUCUCUUGGUGUGGCGAGUGAGUCAGUCCACCGAAAGGACUGGUCCAAUUCUGAUCUAAACCUCAGUCCUGCCUUUGACUCAGACGUAGACCCUGGUGGUGGUCUGUGGACUGUGUCCCUCUCUUCUGGGGAGUUUUGGGCCUCCCCUGGUCACAUCGGCCCCCUCAGACUGAGACGAAAACCAACCAGAGUCAGAAUUCAGCUGGACUGGGAGAGGGGGUGUCUGACUUUCUCUGACGGUAAUGACAACACCCUGAUCUAUCGUUUUAAAAAGCAGUGGGGCAGCACUCUGAGACCCUACUUCUCUACAACAUGUUCAAAACACCCACUGAAAAUCACAGCAGGCAGAGUGACUGUUAACAUAGAGUAGUAUUACGCUGUCACUAUUCUAAAGGAACAGUAGAGGUUUUAAGAAACAACCCAAAAAAGUUCAUCUCAAAUUCAUCUCAACAACGAUUGGCCUUAAAUGUACUGUUGUAUUGCAUAAAGACUUGAUUACAGGGGUGCUGCUCACUCAAUACAAGUCACAAAACUAUAUGCCUUAAUACAGCUCCAAAGCUCUGUUAUUACAUUCAUCAGAGUCUUUUGUCCAAAGAGUCUUUCAUACACUGAUGGCGGUGGCUGCCAUGCAAGGUGCCGACCAGCACACCAGGAGAAGUUUGGGGUUCAGUUCCAUUGCCAGUAAUUCCCAAAAUGACAUACAGUGUAUCAAUGUUCCCAGCAGAACACGACUUUUGCAGCGCACCAGAGACAGAAGCACUGGACAUGUGUGUCAUCCAGUUGCAGUUUGGUAAGAUUAAGCCAAGAACACUACUUGGUUAAGUUUAGAAAAAUAUUUGGGUAUAGGUUAAAAUGGCUUGGAGAAUUGUUUAAUUUGUGUUAUAUAUUGUAUGUGAUGAAAGUAUUUGAGUUAGGUAUGCAAGUGAUUUAGAAUAACUCACUGUUGACUUUUCAUUCCACUUAGUACACAAACACCCCCCCCAAACACACACACACACACACACACACACACACACACACACACACACACACACACACACACACACACACACACACA